AUUUUAUUAUUACAACUUUCGAGCUAAUAAAAUAACCUUCAUACAAAAACUAUACUUCUUUUCACUAGUGAUAUCAUAAUAUGAGCCAAUCAAAUACUGCCGCUCAUAUACCAGAAUGUUUGAGGGACGACUCUGAAGAUGGUAAAUCCAAACUUAGAAAAUGGUUGAACAUGAACUUCCGAAUUGAAAUGACUGAUGGAAGAGUCCUCAUUGGUGUGUUUCUCUGUACAGAUCGGGAUGCCAACGUUAUUUUAGGAGCUUGUUCCGAGUACCUGAAGAGUACUGAUGGUGAAACAGAAGAGCCCAGAGUACUGGGUCUAGUCAUGGUGCCCGGCCGGCACAUUGUCUCCAUACAGAUUGACGACAUGGCCGCACAGCGCAGAACUGCUCCCAUCAUGAAUGAUUCUAUGUGGUUAUAAUUGUGAGUGUAAUAUUUUUAUUUAUUUCAAUAGGAGAAUAAAAUUUCAAACCCGUCAAAA